GCUGAAGUUUGCGUUGGCACGCGCAACUUCCGGGACAGAGGGCUGUGGCUGGAAGGAGCAGGGCAUCCGGCGUGAGGCGCAGCGGUCGCGUUAGUUCGGCCCAAUGGCGGCACCGCUGCUUCACACGCGUUUGCCGGGAGAUGCGGCCGCUUCGUCUUCCGCAGUCAAGACGCUGGGCGCGUCGAGGACUGGGAUUUCAAAUAUGCGUGCAUUAGAGAAUGGUUUUUUCAAUUCUCCCCCAAGAAAAACUGUUCGGUUUGGUGGAACUGUGACAGAAGUCUUGCUGAAGUACAAAAAGGGUGAAACAAAUGACUUUGAGUUGUUGAAGAACCAGCUAUUAGAUCCAGACAUAAAGGAUGACCAGAUCAUCAACUGGCUGCUAGAAUUCCGCUCUUCUAUCAUGUACUUGACAAAAGACUUUGAGCAACUUAUCAGUAUUAUAUUGAGAUUGCCCUGGUUGAAUAGAAGUCAAACAGUAGUGGAAGAGUAUUUGGCUUUUCUUGGUAAUCUUGUAUCAGCACAGACUGUUUUCCUCAGACCGUGUCUCAGCAUGAUUGCUUCCCAUUUUGUGCCUCCCCGAGUGAUCAUUAAGGAAGGCGAUGUAGAUGUUUCAGAUUCUGAUGAUGAAGAUGAUAAUCUUCCUGCAAAUUUUGACACAUCACAGAGCCUUGCAAAUAAUAGCAAGAUAUGUACCAUCGACACCGUGGUUUCUUAUGCCAAUACUGGUGGAAAAAUUUCCAUUUGUUCGAAAAUCAGAGCGAACACUGGAAUGCUACGUUCAUAACUUACUAAGGAUUAGUGUAUAUUUUCCAACCUUGAGGCAUGAAAUUCUGGAGCUUAUUAUUGAAAAGCUGCUCAAGUUGGAUGUAAGUAUUGAGUAAUCUAUUUUUAUUUUCAUUUACCGACUUGAAUUUGUUAUAAUCACUGUAUGUGGAAACAAUAGUCAGUGAUAGAAAAGAAUCCACUUGGCCAGGUGUGGUGGCUCACGCCUGUAUUCCCAACACUUUGGGAGGCUGAGGCAGGCAGAUCACCUGAGGUCAGGAGUUCGAGACCAGCCUGGCCAACAUGGUGAAACCCCGUCUCUAUAAAAAUAAAAAAAGAAAUUAGCCAGGCAUGAUGGUGGGUGCCUGUAAUCCCAGCUACUUAGGAGGCUGAGGUGGGAGAACUGCUUGAACCCGGGAGGCGGAUCUUGCAGUGAGCCGAGAUCGCGCCACUAUACUCCAGCCUGGGCAACAGAGCGAGACU